CUCGGCAGUAUCAUAGUCGCCGGCAAAGGCGGGAUUUAUAUGCUAUUGAUCGACAACUAUUGAUUUUCUUCUCCGUCAAUUUGCUACCGAGCGAGACCUAAAGAUGGCACUAAGCCGAUGGCUUUACGCGCUGCCCAUUCUGCUGCCCGCAGCAGUGAUGCUGCGAGCUUGGGCUAUGCAAGCUCCCGUGGGCCCCUUCAUCGACGAGACCUACAGCCGCGGACGAUAUGUUCUCCAAGAUGGAACCAGCGUCCCUAUCUCGAGGGCCGUGUUUGGAAUCCCCAUUCUUGACCGUGCCAUUUCUCCGCUCGCCAUCAUAUUCAGCCCAUUGGUUUUCUAUGACGACCCCAGACUGUGGUGGCAGUGCAUCGUUUUCUUGACAGAUGCUGCUUCUAUUUCGGCCAUUCUUAUGCUUGAGUCACUCAGAAAUGCCAACAAGGGGACUUUGUUCCAAGCAUCAUUCUUUUUGCCUACUUUCUUGGGCCAGUUUGUGACUCUGGGAUGUGUUUCACCGGUUUUCGUUUACCUCUUCUACGCAUUAUCUCCGCUGAAAAAAUAUUCCACGGCCAGUGCUCGACAGAUUGACUGGGCUGGCACGGUUGCUGUUCUGCCAUCACUCAUUGUAGCAUUCUUUCUUCCUCUUGGCAUCUCUCUCUUCCAUCAUGAUCUUGAGGUAAGGCACUUGGCAAAUUGGUAUUGGCAGAUUUUCCCAAUUACGGGUUGCAUACUGCUCUUUGCGCUAUCAAACGUGAUUAAGCCGUUUGUUGCCAAUCGCCAAAUCGAAGCCGCCCAGCAACGCAGCCAGACGAGCUUGAAAUUCCUAGGAGGAGUUAUGGCAACGCUAAGUGCGGCCUCUUACUGGUUCAUGCUUCUCUCUUCUCCUCUUGCUGUAUCAGAAGUGUUCAUCCCGAGUUAUUUUUUUGAGCUCCCUGAAGAUUCGUUGACAGCAACUUUUACUCUCUUGCAAUAUGACUAUAUCCUCACUUCCGCGGCAGUAUUGCUUUGGUUGGUAUAUAGUUUUGGAGAUCUUAAAAAUGCUGGCGUCUGUCAACUAUCCUGGGCUCGAAUCUUGCUUUCUUCCAUUGCUAUUGGCUGCACUGGUGGUCCUGGAGUUCUGAUCUUGGUUGGAUGGUUGACAAGAGAAAACAUGUUGGCAAAAGUAGAGCACGCAAAGAUUGGCUAAAAUACGAUUCAGCUAUGGGAGUAGAAAUUUAUCAUAGGCAUUCUAGAUUGAGGAAAAAUGCUUAAACAAUCUAUUUUCCUUUUCCUUUUCUCUUGUUGGAACACCGAGUCUGCUUGUACUAUAU